AUGAGGCGGCGCGCGAGGCAGAGGACGAGACCAUGGACACGGAGGUGUUGGAAGAAAGCACGUCGAACAUCGCCCAGCGCCAGCUCAACGAGCUGGCCAUGUGGUCGGCCUACUUUGAGCUGGACGCGCUGUUCGAGGAGUGGCAGGCCGCCUACCUGGACGUGCGGGGCGCGGGCACAAGGGUUGACAACGAGGGCGAGGAUGUGGACGCCGGCGGAGGGGUACCGCCGGCGGUAUGCCGGGGCCUGGUUGAGCAGGGCCUGCCCCUGCUGGGCGCGCUGA